GAGCUUGGUGCAGAAAUGUGACGGCCCAGGAAGCGAUAGCAAGCUCAGCAAGGCUUCGUGUGCUGUUAGAAGCUGGUGUGCUACAGGUGAGGGCACAACCUUCCUGUGGAGAUGUAGGAAUACCUGGUUCUGGGAUUGGUGCUUUCGUCUUCAGGAAGAGCCUCUGCUGUUUUGCAGUUCACAGCCAUGAACAAAGUAACUGGGGAUGUAAAAUGGUGAGUGAGGAACCACAGCUACGUGACUACUAAGCAACAAGGAAUGUAAGUGAAGCGUCGGAAUCCAAAGGGUGGAAAAUGAGUGCUUUCAAAAAGCAUCAUAGUCUUUCUCCCAGGACCUUCAGAAGAUCUUUGUCAGAACAAGAUGCUGGCUCAGCUGCCUUGAUGGACUAUCAUUGGUACCACCGAAUGAAAAGCAAGAAGUUUAAUAAACAGAUGAGUUUUGACUCAGAGAAACCUCUUGGAGCAUACAAGUGGCAAACGCAUCCUUGGCCUCCCUGGAGGGCGAGCAGAAGAGCAGACUCCUCCAGUUUGAAAGGGGAAUGCAGUGACCCAAGUCUUGGUAAAAGUUCUAUAAGCAUGGAUGCUACCAGUGCUCUCAAUCUCCUGGAGGCCCCACCUGAGCCACUCUUCCCAACAAGGAGCAGGCUGGGGCGGGUUCCCUUCAGCCGCUCGCUGUCCGAGCCCCACGGGAGCGGGACCGCACGGCCGCCCCUGCCAGCCGAGCCCCAGGGCUACUUCAUCCAGGGCAUCUUCUCCUCUCUCUCAAGUGGCUUUGCAAAGAUCAUGAGUCGCAAAGGGGAGCCUGCCAGUGAGUGCAUAACUGCAGGGAAGACAGAGGACAAUCCAAUUGUUUUGAGUACAGAUGUGAAAGGACCACCCACCCACCGACUGUCCUGUGGCCAGUCCCCCUACACAGAGAUGACAACAUGGGAGAGGAAAUACUGCAUCCUGACAGACAGCCAGCUGGUGCUGCUCAACAGGGAGAAGGAGGUGCCUACGGAAGGGAUCCAGGAGCCGCAGGAUGCCUCCCGCGGGCGCUGCCUGCGCCGCACGGUCAGCGUGCCCUCCGAGGGCCAGUUCCCCGAGUACCCGGCAGAGGGGGCCGCCCAACUAGAGGUCCCAGCAGAGAGAUCUCCUCGCAGACGGAGCAUCUCGGGGACCAGCACCUCUGAGAAAACCACCUCCAUGGAUGUCCCGAACACUUCUCCUUUCAGAGUACCAGGCUUCUUCAGCAAGCGCCUGAAAGGAUCCAUCAAGAGGACAAAGAGCCAGUCCAAGCUGGACAGGAACAUCAGCUUCCGUCUGCCCUCUCCCAACAAUUCUGAGGACAGACCACGUGAGCUGCCCAAGCUGAAGGAGUCCCGUUCCCAUGAGUCUUUACUGAACCAAGCCAGCACCAUAGAGACUCUGGACUUUGCAGCAGAAGAAGCAGUCUUUGUCAAACCACUUCACAACAGUAUCCUUGGACGAGACUUCUGCUUUGAGGUAACCUACUCCAAGGGCAGUAAAUGCUUCAGUUGCUCCUCUGCAGCAGAGAGGGACUGGUGGAUGGAAAACAUACGCAGACUAUCGCAGCCGAUGAAGGACAAUUGCCGUCGAGCUGAAAACGUGCUUCGCCUCUGGAUCAUAGAGGCCAAGGACCUGACCCCUAAGAAGAAAUACUUCUGUGAGCUGUGCCUUGAUGACACCCUCUUUGCCCGCACCACCAGCAAAGCAAAAGCCGAUAACAUUUUCUGGGGGGAGCACUUUGAGUUCUACAGCCUCCCACACAUUCAGAGCAUCACGGUGCACAUCUACAAGGAUGUGGAGAAGAAGAAGAAAAAGGACAAGAACAAUUACAUAGGGCUGGUCAACAUUCCCACGGCCAGCGUGACCGGCCGGCAGUUUGUGGAGAAAUGGUACCCAGUCAGCACCCCCACAGCCAACAAAGGCAAGGCAGGGGGGCCCUCCAUUCGCAUCAAAUCCCGCUACCAGACCAUCACCAUCUUGCCCAUGGAGCAGUACAAAGAGUUUGGGGAGUAUGUUACCAGCAAUUACGCCCUGCUGUGCUCCGUGCUGGAGCCUGUGAUCAGCGUCAAGAACAAGGAAGAGAUGGCUUCUGCCUUGGUGCACAUUCUUCAGAGCACUGGGAGAGCCAAGGACUUCUUGACAGACUUGGUGAUGGCUGAGGUGGAUCGUUGUGCGGAACAUGAUGUCUUGAUCUUCAGGGAGAACACACUUGCUACCAAAGCUAUUGAGGAAUACCUCAAGCUGGUAGGACAGAAGUACCUCCAGGAUGCACUGGGGGAGUUUAUCAAGGCUGUGUAUGAGUCAGAUGAAAACUGUGAAGCAGAUCCCAGCAGGUGCUCACAGAGUGAAUUAGCAGAUCAUCAGUGCAACCUGAAAAUGUGUUGUGAGCUGGUCUUCUGCAAGAUUAUCAAUUCUUACUGCGUGUUCCCUCGUGAGCUGAAGGAGGUGUUUGCAUCCUGGAAGCAGCAGUGCCUGAACAGGGGCAAGCAGGACAUCAGCGAGCGCCUGAUCAGUGCCUCUCUGUUCCUGCGCUUCCUGUGCCCUGCCAUCAUGUCCCCCAGCCUCUUCAACCUGAUGCAGGAGUACCCUGAUGACCAGACCUCCCGCACGCUCACCCUCAUCGCCAAAGUCAUCCAGAACCUCGCCAACUUCGCCAAGUUUGGUAUUAAGGAAGAGUACAUGGCCUUCAUGAAUGAAUUUUUGGAACAUGAGUGGGGAGGAAUGCAGCGUUUUCUGAGGGAGCUCUCUAACCCAGAUACCAUCUCCAACAUGCCUGGAUACGACGGCUACAUCGACCUGGGCAAAGAGCUCUCGGUGCUGCAUUCCCUCCUCUGGGAGGUGGUGUCCCAGCUUGAUAAGGGUGAAAAUUCCUUCCUACAGGCAACCGUGGCAAAACUGGGACCUCUCCCCCGUAUUCUUGCGGAUAUCACAAAAUCCAUGACCAGCCCCACACCCACGCAGCAGCAGCUGAAGCGUUUCACGGAGCACAGCUCCAGCCCAAACGUCGCUGGAAGUCUCUCCUCGGGACUUCAGAAGAUAACUGAGGACCCCAGCGAUGGUGACAUAAACAAGAUGAAGUCUCCCACCCAGGAAAAUGUAGAUGGACAUUUUAGGGGCAAGACCUUACUGCUGGUUCAGCAGCCAUCCACCCAGAGCAUGACUUGCUCAGAUAAGGAUGAGAAGGUAAGUGUCUUGCCCAACGGCCGUAGCAUCUCCCUCAUGGACCUGCAGGACCCCCACGCAGCUCACAGCGACGCCGCUUCCAUGAUGCACGACGUGCCUUUGCGCCUGGCGGGCAGCCAGCUCUCCGUCACCCAGGUGGCCAACAUCAAACAGCUGUGGGACACCCAGAGCACCCCCCAGAGCGCUCCCCAGGUCCGGAGGCCGCUGCACCCGGCGUGGAACCAACAGGGCAGCCUCCGGCCCCUCUCAUUCCAAAACCCGGUUUACCAGCUCAACAACCCGAGCCCCCCCAUGGCCAAGGCCUCUGUGGACUCCAGCCCGGAGAACCUGAGCACCGCCAGCUCCCGGAGCCGCAGCAACAGCGAGGACUUCAAGCCCAGCGGGCGCAGCAACAGCAGCCUGGAGGAGUCGGCUAAGCGCAGCUCGCAGAGCGAGGACUCGGCGCGGCGCCCCGCGGGCCCCGACAAGCACGUGCCGGUGGUGCUGCCCCGGCAGAACAGCAGCAGCCAGGCGCAGAUCCGCAAGAUGGACCAGGCCGUGCUGGGCACCAGGGCCAAGACGCUGCACACGCUGACGCACAGCCCCUCCCUGCGCAGCACGGGCAGCGUCUCCGGGGCCUCGGGGGCCCUUGGCAUGGAGCCCGUGCAGAACGGGAACCGCUCCCGGCACCAGUCCUCAUCCUCCAGGGAAAGCCCCGUCCCCAAGGUGCGGGCGAUUCAGCGGCAGCAAACGCAGCAGGUGCAGUCACCGGUGGACUCGGCCACACUGUCCCCGGUGGAGAGGACAGCGGCGUGGGUGUUCAACAACGGCCAGUAUGAGGACACCAAGAAGGACACGACUCAGAACCUGGAUGAAGUCAAGCACGCUGAGAAGUACGAGCAGGAGAUCGCCAAGCUGAAGGAGCGCCUGCGCGUGUCCAGCCGCCGGCUGGAGGAGUACGAGCGGCGGCUCCUGGUGCAGGAGCAGCAGAUGCAGAAGCUGCUCACAGACUACAAAUCUCGACUGGAAGACAGUGAGGACAGGCUGCGCAGGCAGCAGGAGGAAAAGGACAGCCAGAUGAAAAGUAUCAUCAGCAGACUCAUGGCUGUUGAAGAGGAGCUGAAAAAGGAUCACGCUGAGAUGCAAGCAGUCAUUGAUGCAAAGCAGAAAAUCAUUGAUGCACAGGAGAAGCGGAUCGUGUUCCUGGACUCGGCCAACACGCGCCUGAUGAGUGCCCUGACGCAGGUAAAGGAGCGCUACACCAUGCACGUCCGGAAUGGCAACCCUCCCAAGCUUUCCAUCACGGAGAAUGGUGAAUUUAAGAACAGCAGUUUCUAAUUCUGCAGGUGCUGCCAACCACCUCCGUGGAAGAGCAAGACGGAGCAGAGCCAAGACCCCUCACCGUCACUGAUUGUUGCACAUAGUUCUUCUGUAAAAGGAAAAUUGUAUUGUUUGAAGAUUGUAUUGUUUGAAGAUUGUUCUAAAAUUGUUUUAGAGUUGUAUUUUAAAAUUGUAUUUUAAAUUGUUUUAAGAUAGUAUUGUACAUUCAAUAAAAUUGAAAAGGCAACUCGGAAGGGUGGGCUUUAAUUCCCCACUCAGGGCCAGGAGAACCAGGCUCCCCAGAAUAAGUCCUUGUGGAUCACUGUGUAAAUAGAGGGAGCUCUUGGGUUGUGUACAGAAAAUGCCAAUGUAAUAUACCAAAAGGAAGUGAAUACUGUAGAUUUUUUAAUUAUUGCUAUUUUUUUUAUUAUUAUUAUUAUGUUGUUGUUGUUGUUGUUGCUGUUAUUGUUGAUGUUGUUGUUUUUCUCUUGUUGAAAGCACUGCAGUCCUGGGAGGAGGAAGAGGGGGGUGUGUGUGCGUGUGUGUUGUGGGUGAGAGACGUGAGCAGCGGGUGGACCCGAGGCAGCAACUGACUGAUCAAAGGACAUGAAUGGAGUGAAAUGAAUUCCAUAGGAAAACUCACCAGCUGGGUUUAUUCCCCUCUUCCCCAGCUGGUCUUUAGCUGAAUGCAAACUUGAUAGCAAAUGUUUUAGCAAGAGAACUGGCUCUUGCUGUGUCCUGUACCUACUUCCGAUAGGACUCUGUCAUAAAACAGUCUUUCUGAAGAAGGUACAAAGUGGAAGCAGCAAGCUGGAUUCCUGGAAUUUGCACAGUCAGGCUUCCUGUCAGACAGAGGGAAUCUGCAGGAUUUUGUGGUAGGAUUCUUUCUUUUGUACCCCAGUUCUGAUGCAGUUUUAUAUUUUCUUCUGUUUGGAGGAUUUACAGACCUGUAAAUACUUUUUUAACGAUUUCUAGCCAAUCUCUACUAUACACCCCCUGCAGAGGCACCCUGAAUUCCCUCUCUGCUCUCCAUCAGGAACAGACAGGUUAAUCCUCUCGGGAAAGGGCUAACCAAAGGGUGCCCAUGCCCAGCACAGGAAAUUCCAUAUGCAAAAGUCCCUUUUUCUAGAGGAUUUCUGUAUUUUAAUGCUUGCUUAUUUUCACUGUUUCAGCCACUUUCUUAGCCAGUGUAGAACCAAUGAAAGGUGCUUUCUGCACCUUUGUUGAAAGAUCUUCCAUUUCUGCUGAAAUUUUCCUUUCUCUGGAUAAUUUAAAGGGUGUUUGUUUGUUUUUUUUUUUCAGUUCUGUACGCUCUUUUCAGGAGUUUUGACUAAAUUUUUGUCUCCAGUUUCUUUCAGUUGUGUUUCUUAGAAGGAUGAUUCCAGACUGUGUGUGAAUGGGAUAUCACUCCAAAGUGACCUUUUCCUGGGAGACAGUGACAUUCACAACCUGUAACAGAUGAACACUAAAUGGCUUGGUAUUGUCAAUUCUUAUGAUUUCAUCAAGUGUCACAAUAUUUAAUCUGAGAGAGGGUUGGUUUGUUUUUUUUUUUAAUCUCAGAUUCUGGAGUCAAGUGUGAAUUUUUACUUCCAGCUUGUGCUGCACGUUUCUAGCCCUCAAACCCUCACAGUAAAUGAAAGUAUUGCAGCACUGAUUGAAAUUGUUAAUUACAGAAACAUACUGAUAACAAUGAGUAUGAUUAACCAUUCUCACAUGCUGUGGAAAUUGGAAAAAUUUGCUUCAAUUUGAGACAAAACCUUGAGAGGUGCCUCAAUGUGGGAUUGUCUCACGAAAAAUGCAGGAGUGUCUAAGCCAGUUCCCUGCACAUGAAUUAUUGGCAAUACCAAGACCCGAACCUGGUGUCUGUUGCUAAGUUUGCCUGGUUUUUGGAAAUGAAUUCAUCCCAGCCCUGUGGCUGAUGCAGGAGGUGGCAGAGCAGUGUGUGUGCUCUGGUGUCACGAGGCUCAAGCUACCAUCACCACCCCCAUGGGUUCUGUGCAUCAGUACAGAGAUCCCUGUGCUGUAGGAUGUGUGUGCAUCAAUCCUAGCCAGGCCUUCUGGAGCACAGCAGUGAGCUGGGAUUUGGGAUUAAUGCUUGGCUCUUUGGGAUCAGAGCUGCUCUGGCUGCUCAGCCAGGACUCUGUGCUGGUGGCACUGACACACCUGGGGUUGUGCUCUGCAUUGGCUCAGCAGUGGUUACUUUUCCAUACUUUCCAAACCGUCUUCCAGCUCUAGAUCCUUGCUGACCUCUGAUAUUUUAUUCCUCAAACUGUGCCUUUGAGUUUCUCCUUUCUCCCUUCAGGCAUCACAGCCGUAGCAACUUCUCCAGUUUGUGUUGAGUUGUCAUAUGAGGGCCUCUUUUACACAAACCUUUUUGUGAGCUCUUUCUGUGGGAUCUGCAUGUCCCUGUAGCCAUGUACUGUAAUUGCACAGCUGUAGCAUGGGGGAUUGUGUUCCCAUCCCUUUUGGGAUGGGCAUGUGAACUGCUCCCUUGUGGCACGGUGCAGGUGAUGUGGGUGUGCUGUGAGCGAACGCCCGUAGGGCUGCACUGACAGAACAAGGCAGAAGCAGAUGUGUUGUUCUAGGAGAGUUAUUCCAGCAUUAUUUUGGGAAACACCUUUCUCCAGAGCUCCCCAGUGCUCUGGUAAUGUCAGAGGUCGCUGGCUGACCUGUGUGGUUUGAUGUUGAAGUGUCCACUUUGGUUUCUGCAGUAGGGGCAGCAUUUCAGCCUGGAUUUUUAGAGGGGAAAUAAUCCCUGCCCCACUGUUGGUGAGGUCUUUGGUAGUGCAUCACUCCAAUUACUGUACCUUCUCCUGUGUGUUUCUCAAGCUUGUAGAAUGCUUGUAGGAAGAAGCAGUGGCUCUCUCAGAGCCUGACCCCUCUCUGUGGUCUCAGAGCUCAUUGCUAGGCUGGUUGUUUCUCUGCUUUUCCAGUUUCUCCCCUCAGGUGCCAGGCAUGCUCCUCCAGCUCUGCCACCGAGGGGUCACUGCCUGCAGACCCCGGAGGGGUGAGGUUUGCAGAGUCAGUGCUGCUAGACUGGAAUUGAUCUGCUGCAGCACAAAGCACUGCUCCUGAGUCCUGCAGGCAGCUGUCUCUCCUAGUUUGUUACCAAGCAGCCCAGAAAACUUUCAGCCGCCUCAAGCUGACAAUAUGUGAAAAUGCCAGUUUCUAUUUUAUCCAUACUGAUAAAAUCCAUGCUCUGUUCAGGAGCAGGAGCCCUGCCUGGGCCUCAUUACAUUUGGGUUUAGACUUGUGGCCAGUGGGCUCUGAGGGAGUAAAUGGUGCAAUGUGUGAUGGGGAGCUGGCUUUGUGUUCACACUCUGAGCAAAGGCUGAUGGCUGUGUCUAAUGCUGUGCAAGGAGCUGCUGCUCUCACUGGGGAAGAGAUGAAGUAGUGCAGGAAAGAUUGGAUAGCCUGGAGGAGGAAUACUCAUGUUCCUCAGACUGAACAGGAAAGUCACCCCAUCUUGUUGUCUCAGUCCGUGCUGGCCCCGUUGGUACCGUUCUAGGAGGGUUCUCUCCAAACCUCAAAGUCACCUGGGCUUCUUGAGAGCUCAGGGAAAGCUUGAAGCCAGCACAGCAGGGCAGGGAGAUGGAGCAGUCUCUUGUGUGUGGCCUCUUGGCAGGUUGUGUGUGGUGUCUGCAGGGUGUGAGGUGAGCAGGGUGACAAGAGACAGGCUCUGAGAGGACAGAGGGAGCACGGCCUAGGCAGCAUCCUGUAAAUUCCUGCUCUUUAUAACUCUAGGAAUUCAGGCCUUUUUUGGGGGGGGGGAAAUAGGUUUCACAUCUAGGAAUUACCAACUGUUACUUCCCUGGUGUAUCCAAAAUGGGCAGCUUUUUACAAAAGCACAGAUCCAUACAGCUACACAUUUUGCCACAUUCCUCUCCAGUGGCAUAACUCAGGCAGGGAAUCUAUAGGAACAUGGAAAGGGAUGUGUGUAUUUUCUAGUUAGAGAAUAUGAGGUGUAUCCACUAAUAAAUUAUUUAUCCAUCUAAUAAAUCAAAGAAAUGGAGUUUAUUUUGCAUUCAUGUAAUUGCUUUGGUUUGGCUGUGAGUUUUUCCCCCCAUGAUAUAUUCAUUUCAUGUUCUGAUGCUUGCAUAAACCCACCAGCUUUUAACUUAGAAGUCCAUGAAUUUUACAGCCAUGUCCAUGGAAUGUGUCAGCAAUACUUACUUGUGUAAGUGAUGAAUUCUGCUUGUGGUCUGCAAAAAUGUCCGUGUUGUUCCUGGAGAACAAUUCCUGUCCCAGUUGAACCAUGACGUGCAUUUCCAUCAGUGGUGGGCAUGGUCUGCCAGAGGAAAAUGGGUUAAAUUUAGGGUGAUGUUUUUAAAUGUUUCCUUCUCCACAGUAAGUUAACCCCCAGGAGAGUGAGCAUGUCCUUACAGAUCAUGCCUGCCAGGAAUCCUACCUGCAAAAAUAGAUUUUCUGUCUCAAGGGCCUUAAUAAGAGUGUUACUACACAGAACUCUUCUACAGUGAUAGCUCUAAAUAAUUUAUUUUUUUUUCAACAAAGUACACCUUUAAAAAGGAAUAAACUUGUUUUUCAAGCCGUAUUUUUAUGCUUGUAGCACUGGACUGUUUGGUCUCUGAUAUCCAUUUCUGCAUUUCAUUGCCUGGGUUUGUUCUAAAGAAGAUUUAUUUUUGUUCUGUGAAUAAUUUUUGAAGUUUCUUGUAAUAUGUACAGAUAUAGAUACAUUUGAGGACUUUUAUUGAUAUUCCUACAAAGAAUACAAAUAAACUUUAACUUUAAACA